UUCUCACUACUACAGGACAUUUGAUGAUUCCCAAAUAACACUGAUGGGGAACAGGACAGAAGUGACACAGUUCAUCCUCCUCGGGCUAACCAGUGCCCCAGGACUGCAGGUCCCCCUCUUUAUCAUGUUCACGCUCAUUUACCUCAUCAUCAUUGUUGGGAACCUGGGGAUGAUCAUGUUGAUUCUUUUGGACUCUCGUCUUCACACGCCCAUGUAUUUUUUCCUCAGUAACCUGUCUCUGGUGGACUUUGGUUACUCCUCAGCUGUCACUCCCAAGGUCAUGGCUGGGCUCCUUAUAGGAGACAAGGUAAUCUCCUACAAUGCGUGUGCUGCUCAGAUGUUCUUUUUUGUAGCCUUUGCCACUGUGGAAAAUUUCCUUUUGGCCUCAAUGGCUUAUGACCGCUUUGCAGCAGUGUGCAAACCCCUACAUUAUACCACCACUAUGACGACAAGUAUGUGCGCACGUCUGGUCAUAGGCUCCUAUGUCUGUGGUUUCCUGAAUGCCGCCUUCCAUGUUGGGGACAUAUUCAGCCUUUUCUUUUGUAAGUCCAAUACAGUCCAUCAUUUUUUCUGUGAUGUUCCAGCUGUCAUGGCUCUCUCUUGCUCAGAUAAACACAUUAGUGAGGUGUUUCUUGUUUUUAUGUCGAGCUUUAAUGUCUUUUUUGCUCUUCUAGUUAUAUUGAUUUCCUACCUAUUCAUAUUUAUAACCAUCUUGAAGAUGCACUCAGCUCAGGGGCACCAGAAGGCUUUGUCUACCUGUGCUUCUCACCUCACUACAGUUUCCAUCUUCUAUGGAACAGUUAUCUUUAUGUAUUUACAGCCCAGCUCCAGCCAUUCCAUGGACACAGACAAAAUGGCCUCUGUGUUCUAUUCUAUGAUCAUCCCCAUGCUGAACCCUGUGGUCUACAGCCUGAGGAACAAGGAGGUCAAGAGUGCAUUUAAGAAGAUAUUUGAGAAGGCAAAUUUUUCUAUGGGGUUGGGAUUUUAAUCAUUUAGUACGCACAAUAAUCUUAUUUGAUUCCUCUCA